UGAAUGUUGUUUGAAUAUAUCACUACAAGCGUGGGAUGAACUGUUAGUUAUAAAGAGCCGUGCGAGCGGCAGCUUUUAAAGAUUUGUUUUUUGGAAGCAUUCACAGCAUAACGGAAGGCACUAUGAUUAUAAUACUGUUUGCAGUCCUGGGGCUGUUUGCCUCGUUUGUCAAUUGUUACAUUGACCUAGAAGACCUGGAAGACGUGGUUGUCCGCAGAGUAAAAAAACAACGUAUUGCGUUUGAGGCUCAUAUGGAAAGUGGAAAUGGGUUUAUCCCUUUGAACAAGCCACUUAUUUUUCCCGUCUGUACACUUAACGAGGGCAACGGUUAUGAUGACAAAAGUGGUAAAUUCACUGCGCCUAGAGCAGGUGUCUACACGUUUCAUGCGCAUGUCUGUCACGAUUGGGGUAAAUAUAUGGUGUUUGCCAUCACAAAGGGCGGCGUUCAACUAGCAGUUUCGUCAAGCUAUGAGAAUAUCGGCUCUACAUGUGGUUCCCUUAAUACCAUCGUGAGACUUAAGAGCGGAGAAGUUGUUAGUGUAGUCGCAAAAUGGACAGGCAGUCACUUAUUUGCAAAUGUGCACCGUUGGAUUUCCUUCGGUGGCUAUUUUGUAUACGCUUAGUGUAACCUAUAUGUUGUUGUUUACAGAACGAACAGAACAGUUCUUAAGUAUGUACGUAUUCAUGCAAAAGCUUGUUUGUAAUCAGUACAGCAAUAAUUUUUGAACAGAUUAAUUAAAUAAACCACUUUAAAUGAAUAAUUCAAUACUGUACCAGUACAUUUACACUUACUACAAGAUACAUUUUCGAAUGAGAAAGAACAAAUUAAACUGUACUUCAUAAAUUUUGACUAAUCACUGUAUACUCUUGCAAGAUUAAAUGAAUUUCCCUUCUUAUACAUCAACAUAUUGAAGACAAUAAUUAUUAAUAUAUAAUAUAUGCAUGCAUAGCCUGAUUUUGAAAGCUUACACUGUUAAUUUUUCAACAUUAUUCGCAUUUAAGGUAAGACAAAAUAAAAGUCUAGAGAUAACCAUUCAGUGUAAUAUAUAAUAAGGCGGAUUUUAGUGAUAAACGAUAUAAAAUAGCUGAUAAAAUAUGAGUAGUAUAAAUGGUAUAUACAUGUAACACUUUUGUGCUUAUUGUGUGUUUGUGUUUUAGUUUUUUUUUCCAUAAUUGUACUCAUAUAAUUAGUACUCAUAUAAUUACACAGAAGCCUUAUAUACGGAUUUCAUUAAAACGCAUUUUUUGUAAAUAAUCCACAUAGGCAUCACAGCAGCUGUGCAAAAAUUAUUAAUAAACGCCACGAUUGUCCAAUGAAAUAGUGAAAAAUAGAAUCCCUAAAGAAAGCCCAACACGGCAAAAUUGUAAAAUGUGGCGACGUUACAAACGUGCAGUAUUGUAAUACGUCACAUAAUUGGCGGCAUCAAUUGGACACAUUAUCUUGUAAUCUAUUUUUGUUUACAUUCCAUUCGACAGAGUUAUCCGAUUUUCAUAUAUCAGACAUUAAAUACAGCUUUUUUCAAUUGUUGUCAAUGCAAUGCGUAUACCAAUAUGGAAUGAACACUUUAAUUGUUAUCAAAUCAAACUUUAAUUGUAAUAUUUAGACUGUAGUUUGUAAUCAGAAAGCAAUAAAACAUUAAAAAUUAUAUACACA